UUUCCGGCGGGGCGCCAUUUCCGCUCUCGUGCGCCCUGUUUCUUUGCGCGCGUUUCGGUGCCUGGCUGUCGGGGAGUCGCGCGUCUGUGUUUGUCUUCGUUGUUGCUGAGGGAGCUCCGUCUCCGCGCCGCCGCCAUGCUGGUUCUCUUCGAGACGGCGGCCGGGUACGCCAUUUUCAAGGUUCUGAAUGAGAAGAAGCUCCAAGAAAUUGAUAGUUUAUGGAAAGAGUUCGAAACUCCUGAAAAAGCUAAUAAAAUUGUGAAAUUGAAACACUUUGAGAAGUUUCAGGACACUACAGAAGCACUUGCAGCAUCGACAGCUCUGGUGGAAGGCAAGAUUAGCAAGAAUUUAAAGAAAAUCUUAAAGAAGAUAGUCGCCAAAGAUGCCCAUGAACAGUUGGCUGUGGCAGAUGCCAAACUGGGCGGUGUCAUAAAGGACAAGCUGAACUUGAGCUGUAUCCACAGCCCAAUGGUCACUGAAUUGAUGAGAGGCAUUCGUACACAAAUGGAAGGUCUUAUCAGUGGUCUUCCAGCAAAAGAGAUGGCAGCUAUGUGUUUAGGAUUGGCACAUAGCCUCUCCCGAUACAAGUUGAAGUUCAGUCCAGACAAAGUUGACACCAUGAUUGUCCAAGCAAUCUCCCUUCUUGAUGACUUGGACAAAGAACUAAAUAACUACAUCAUGCGCUGUAGAGAAUGGUAUGGUUGGCACUUUCCAGAACUGGGCAAAAUUAUCACAGAUAACCUAACCUACUGUAAAUGUGUACAGAAAAUUGGUGACAGAAAAAACUUUUCCUGUUCUGAUCUGUCUGAGAUUAUUCCCGAGGAAAUUGAAGAGGAAGUGAAAGCAGCUGCAGAGAUCUCCAUGGGAACUGAAGUGUCUGAAGAAGAUAUAAGCAACAUCCAGCACUUGUGUGACCAGGUCAUCGAGAUCUCAGACUAUCGAGCACAGCUAUAUGAUUAUCUAAAAAACAGGAUGAUGGCCAUUGCACCUAAUCUUACAGUUAUGGUGGGAGAGCUAGUUGGAGCCCGGCUUAUUGCACAUGCAGGUUCCCUUUUGAAUCUGGCUAAGCAUCCAGCAUCAACUGUUCAAAUUCUGGGUGCCGAAAAAGCACUGUUUAGAGCUUUGAAGACAAAACAUGACACUCCCAAGUUUGGUCUGAUUUAUCAUGCUUCCCUUGUGGGACAAACAACAGCCAAAAACAAAGGAAAGAUCUCACGAAUGCUGGCUGCGAAAACAGCGUUGACUAUUCGUUAUGAUGCCCUUGGAGAAAGUACCAGUGCUGAAAUGGGUGCUGAGAACAGAUUAAAAGUAGAAGCAAGACUAAGGCACUUGGAAGAGAAAGGGAUACGACGAAUAAGUGGCACAGGAAAAGCUAUGGCCAGGGCAGACAAAUAUCAACAUAAGAGUGAAGUGAAGACGUACGACCCUUCUGGGGAAUCCACCCUUCCUCGGGUCCCAAAAAAACGCAAAAUCGAAGCUGAGGAGGAAGAGGAGGUACCAGCUCCCAAGAAAGCAAAGAAGACUAAAGUAGUAGAAAUUAAAGAAGAGGAGGCAGCAGUAGAGGAUGAGCAAAAUGAUAGUGGAAGUGUCAAAAAGAAGAAAAAGAAAAAGGAUAAAAAACAGGAAGCUCAAGAAGAAGCAGUUUGUGUGGAGGAAGAUGAAGAAGAGCCAUCAACCAGUACAGCAGUAGAGAAUACAGAGAAGAAGAAAAAGAAGAAGAAGAAAAUGAAAGAGGAGCCUGAAGAUGAUGACUGAGAAAAGAAAACAACAGUCUCUUGGGAUGACUUAAUUUGGCCUAGGACAUUUGCUUCACAAAAAUAUUUUGCUUCAUUAGAAGAGAAGGCAGAGGGAUUGUUUGCCUUUUCUUGGGACAGAUCCUGUUUUGUUUUUUGUGUUUUUCUAACCAAGUUUUGUUGACAUUAAUUUUUAUUGGCAAUAUUAGUACAGUAUAUCCAUACUGUAAUGUUGAGAUGGGAAGUUAUGCCUGAAAAGCAAUAUAUGCAUAUUUUAAAUAGGUAAAUAAUACUUCAUCAAGUCCCUUCCUGCAGACUCAAGUCUGAAUAAAAGUACUACUUUCUAACUGUC